GACUAUGACAUUCAAGAAGCAGAGUGCUCUGGCCAGCCUGCUGAUGUUAAUGAGGCCUGCCUGCAAGAAUUUGUGGAGGAUCAGUAUGGAACCACUCGAGAGCUUGCUAAGGAGUCACAUUCUAGGUCCCCUAUUGAAAAAAAUGCAAACAAAACUAACAGGAGCAGAGAAUCCAGCACAAACAAGAAUUCUCGUCAAAAUAGAAACAACCGUUCUCGUUCACCUCGUGGCCGACGUACAAGAGCACCUACGAACAGACGCAUAUAUGUGGCAAAUAUUCCUUAUGACUGUAAGUGGACAACCGUGAAAGAUUUAUUUCGUGAGAAAGUUGGUGAUGUUUCAUAUGUUGAACUUUUUGAGGAUGAGAAUGGCAAGUUUAGAGGAUGUGGUAUUGUGGAAUUCAAGGAAGCUUCAUCAGUACAAAAAGCAGUUGACUUACUACAUAGAUUUGAAUUCAGAGGUCGUCAACUUGUUGUGAAAGAGGAUUUUGAUGUUGAUAGGGACAAAACAGGCAAGCCACUUGGGCGGAGCCGAGGAGGUGGUGGCGGCAUAAAUUUGGAAAGAGAACGAGAUGAUUAUGGUGGACUUGGAGGACUUGGAAAUAACACUACUCCACAGUAUAAUACAUAUGGCUUAAGUCCACAGUUUUUAGAUGCUUUGGGGAUUACAGGGCCAUUAACUUGCAGAGUAUUUGUGGCUAAUUUAGAUUAUAAAGUUACACCCCAGAAAUUAGAAGAGGUUUUCAAGCUUGCUGGUCGUGUUGUGAAAAUUGAUUUAAAACGAGAUGAAGAGGGUAAUAGUAAAGGACAUGGCACAAUUGAGAUGGGUCAUCCAGUAGAAGCAGUGCAAGCUAUUUCUAUGUUUAACGGCCAAAAGUUUUAUAACAGAACUAUGAGUGUCCGAAUGGACAAAAAGCACAAAGAUGAACCUGAAGAUAAACGGUUACCUGAGGGUCUCCAGAGUGUUGGAAAAGGCCUUGGUGCAAAUGGUCUUCCUCUUCAUUUGUCAAAUUCUACAGGUGUUGUAAACAAUUUAGCUCCAGCUGCCCUUGCUCCGGGCCUUGGAGGAGUAGGUGCUGGUAAUCUUGGUCUUAUGUCAAACCAGGUGGGACCUGGAGUUGUAGGUGCUGGUGCAACUGGUAUUCCUGGGCUUGCUGGUAUUGGAAUGGGGAUACAGGAACGAAAUUUCUCUCUUGGAGCUGGCGUAGGUGUUGGUGGUGUUGGACAAGGUCUGGGUCUUGGUAGCACUGGAACUGCAGGUCUUGGCAACCCUAAUUUACUACCUGGUGGAAUUGGUGCAAUGUCUAACAACCCAGCUGCUCUUGGUGCUGGUGGCCUUGGAGGUGGCCUUGGAACAUCUUUAACUGGUGGACUUGGAGGAUCAGGUUUACCUCUUGGGGCAGCAGGAGCUGGUGUUGGAGGUGGUGCUGGAUUGGGAUACAAUGAUUAUGACAGGUCUUUUGACAGAGGUGAUGAUGGAUAUCGAAACAACCGCGCCUCGGACACAAUUGUUGUGAGAAAUCUUCCUAUGACAUACACAUGGCAGAAUCUCAGGGACAGAUUUAGAGACAUUGGUGACAUUCGUUUCACUGAGAUGAAAUCACGAGGAACUGCUGUAAUCAGAUUUAAUUCUGAGAGAGAUGCACAGCGUGCAGUUGAUCAUCUUCGUGGAGCACGUAUUGAGGGUCGUCUUCUUGAUGUCUCUUUAUACUGAUAUUUCUACUUUUUCAUCUUUGGCUGCAUUUCUUGUCUUCGUUUCAGCUUUUUGACAUUUCUUUCAGUCCUAGUUUUGAAAGAAGUUUAUUACAUCAAGACCUAUUUUUAGAAAUUGAAUGUUUUCAUGCUUUAAAAAAAGAAAUAACCUGGUGUUGCAAGCUGAAUGAACUAUCCACAUCCAUAUUAUAGUUUCCUGAAUUGGUCAAGUUGUGUUCCACUGUUACUUUUCUUUAAAUAUGCAAAUUGUUACAUUAGUUCUUAUUUUCUUGUCUGAAACGAAAAAGAAAAGAAAUUGAUUUUGGUAUUUUAAAUAUUUUUGUGAAUUUCAUUAUAGGGCAAUAACUUUUGAAGUUGUCUUUAGCAUUAUCCAUGUAGUAGUUGUUCCAUUGAAUUUAAUGGGAUGUAUUUGUAUUUUGUCUUUUUCAUUUCCAAUCAUUUAACUAUUACAGUUUUUAGGUGGCAUAUAAAGCAGUUAAGUGUUUUUAUUUUCCCUCCCUUACUGACAUUGGUUAUUGAGCAUUCCAUGUAGUUUUCUAUCUUAAAUGUGUAAGUUCUGUAUUGUCCAAAGAUUUCUCUUUUUUUUUAUUGUAAAAUAAAAUAUAUUCACCUUUCUGCUUGUUCUGUUAAUUUGCUUUAUUAUAUUUCUCAAAAUAUAUUCUUUUAAAGUUAGACAUAAGUUGGAAAAUUUUGUGCUCUUAAACAUGUGUUCUGAUAUUUUAGCAGUUGAGAUUAACUAGCUCUUUUUCAAAUGUGAUUUCUGUAUUUUGAAAGUUGGAAAUAUUACACCACUCAUUCAGAAGGAAGUAAAGGAGCCUGAGAAAAAAAUAUUUUUGUGGUACUGUUAUUGGUAUCCAUUUUUCUGGUUAAUUUUGAUUUUAUAUAUUCUCGCUAUUUUAAAACUAUUAAAAUCUUGAUACAAUUUAGAGUUAACAGUUUUAAUGUUAUGACAAGGCUUAAAAACUUGCAGGUUUUCGUGCUAUCUUUGAUGUACAGUUUCCAUUUGAAAAAGAGUGAUGAAAUAUUACAUGGUUUUUCCAUUAGGUUUCAUAUUUUUGUAUUUUCGUAUUUUUCAUUACCAAAUAUGCUAAACAAAGUUUUACUACUUUUGUCAUCAAAGUGGUUUGUUUAUGGAAUAUGUAUUGCAAAUUAUAUGCUUAAGAUAUGAGUUUGCAUAGUCCAUUUGUGUGUGGUUAAAGCUUAGUUUUUAUAAAUGCAGCUAAAUAAGGAUCAGCAGUAUAUUUCUAAAUUUAUUUUACAAAAAAGUCACAAGAUCUAUUUUCUUCUUGUUAGAUUUCACAAUAUAUACAGUAAAGCAUAGGUUUUUAAUUUUAAAAAAGAAAGUUGCCUUUUCAUUUGCAAAUUAUUUCAAUAUUAGGUUCUGUAUUUGAACUAAUAGAAAUUAAUAUUUGAAAUAAUUUGUGUGUAGUUCUGGUAUGUUUUUUUACACAAUAUUUUGGAUUUCAGAUAUUUGCAUAAUGCAGUUUUUGUGGAACUUAAGAUUUCCUAUUUAAAUGUGGUUUAUGAUUUAAAAAAUCUUGCACAUUAAUGGAUGAUUGUUUGACGCAAGAUAAAUUGUAUGUUCUGAUUUUAAGUAAGAGUUCAUGGCUGCAUAUAUGUUGUAACUUUACUCAGAUGUCUUUCGCCGAGUUGUCAAAUAGUCAUCAUUUCAUAUUAUAGUGCCAUCUUUGAAGAAUAUUAGCAUCACAUCAUAAAGCUGUAAUAGCUUAUUUUAAGGUUAUUUGUAUAUUCGUGUCAUCUUAUGUGGAAAAGAUUCUGAAAAUUUGUAAGUUGUGUGAACUAAUAUGGAAGUCCAGAAACUGGCAAUAGUUUAACAUAAAUGGGAAGGAAACUUUUUUUUUUUAAAGAAUAAUUUUUAUUGAUUGAUAAAUUCAUUAUUUACUACAUAUUGUAAGUAAUUUCUGAAAUAAUUUCACUUGUAAAAUAUAUUAAUCGCCUUACUUUUUCGAAUUUUUUUUUUCGGUGGUAUUUGUGUAUCUAAAGUAUACAUUAUGUUUGGCAAAGGGGCUAAGCUGCUUUCAGAAGCAUGCUACACUGUGAGGAAAAUUGGUUUCAAAUAAAGUAGUAGAUUUUUAUCUUGUUCUGUUUUUUUUUUCAGAUAAAUGGUUUAAACAUUUUACUUCUUUUCUCUGUAGUCUACUGAAUGUGUUUACUACAAUUAUAUAAUGUUAUCUCAUAUUGUUUGUUGGUUGUACACUGGCAGUAAACAUUAAAAUCAUUUUUCAUCAUUGUGUUGUUACUUCAUUUAUUUGAAAUGGAAAUCUUCUUUUGUCUUUAUUUCCAUUGUAAGGAGAAUGUAUUUAAACCUUGGGCAUUGUUAAAGGGGGGAUAGUUACAAAAUUUUCAGUUCUGAGAUUUUUGUUUAAUAUAGUAGUAGUAGUUUUCUCUUUGCAUAUUGUUAGAUAUUCAUUUUUGCUGAUUGUUAUGUCUAAAUAAAAAAGAACAUCUGUAUUGC